UCAUCCUUGUUUAAUAUUUCAAAACGAUAAAGAUGAAAUGAUGCUCGCAAUCGUUGCGAACGUUAAGUGAAACGCGUCCUGAUUGUAAGUAUUCGAGGUCUCCUCGUAAUCUCUUUCAUUCGGGAACGUUUUUCUUAAAGAUUUUUUUUUUUUUAUUAAAGAUUCGCCGAGACAUUUUUCAAUUUAGAUUCUGCGCGUCGAUACAUCGCGUACGAUACGUGUCAGAGCCAAUCUUACAAAAAUCUUCAUUUCGGAGUUUCAACGCGUUCGCAACGUUUCUGGAACGAUUCGCAAAUUUAAAUCCGCGCUCCAAUCUCGCGGGUGAGAGACAAAUCGAUAGCCACUGCAUCAGCUGUUUAACUCUCUCCUUUCCCUCCUGCUUCCCUCACCGACGAUUCUCCCUUAAGGUCGCCACUUGUGUCAUCACGGCCAUAUUAGGCACGAGUGGAGGAAUGAGGACGUUUCGCGAUAAAUGAGGCUGCCCUGAAAUUUUCAAGGCAGAUUUACUCAGCUGCGUUACGAGGUUCUUCCCGGUGGAUUGCAAGGGACAGCCUGCGAAGCAUGGCAUGGCAUUGCAAUGGCACUACGAACCAAGAGAUGGUGACGAAGUUGAAAGAUGCUGGUAUACUGGCAACGGACAGAGCAGAAGCCGCUAUGCUCGCUGUUGACAGAGCCAAAUACUGCCACGAACCAGAUCCUUACCUCGAUCGUCCCAGAAGAAUUGGUUACAACGUGACCAUCAGUGCACCGCAUAUGCACGCGUACGCAUUGUCUAUCCUCUCUGAUCAACUCUUCGACGGCGCCAAGGCACUUGACGUCGGCUCAGGCUCGGGUUAUCUGUCCACUUGCAUGGCAUUCAUGGUAGGCUCAGGCGGACGCGUAAUAGGCAUCGAGCAUAUUCCCGAACUCAUAGAGAUCUCCACUAGGAACGUUCGCGAGGACAAUCCGCACUUCCUCAAAGAGGACCGCAUCAAAUUUGUGGUGGGAGACGGCAGAUUGGGACAUCCUGCUGACGGCCCUUACAACGCUAUACACGUUGGAGCAGCGGCCGAAACUUUACCGGAGACGCUGAUUGAUCAACUGGCUCCUGGAGGUCGACUAAUCUGCCCAGUCGUGGCCAUAAAAGGUUUCCAAAGGUUACAAGACCUGCUACAGGUGGACAAGAGCACAGACGGCGCGAUCACAAAGAAGAAGCUGAUGCAAGUUUCUUACGUUCCUCUCACGGAUCCCACCACUCAAUUACGUAAUUAGAGUUACUAAGGUGAGGUGUCACGACGGAAAGAAACGCAAAAUUUCCGAGGAAACGAUCGCGUAUCAGAUUAGUAAUAAUCAAAAUUUUUGUAUCUACAAAUUUUUUUCACGCAUGCGUAGAUGUGGAGUGCACGCCGUCUUCAAUUGGGGAUAUCAAUAAACUAUAUAUAUUUUGUACCUACCUUGGUUAAUUCCUUCGCAUUUCUUCCACUAAUUAACAUAUUGCAGUCGCAACUACGAUUGUUUUCCUCUUAGGAGACACUAAUGUCGUUUUAUCUUUCUUAACAUUCAAUAAAUAACAAAGAUUGAAUAUGUCGACUGUGUUAUCUAAAAGGAAAGCAGCUCAUAUAUAGGGCAUUCCAUGCCAAGCUAGCCACUCACUUUGCGAAAUUUAAUGGAUUUCGUUCAUAUUGCUUGAACAGUUUGAUGAAUAAAGACUCUACGCCAAAUAAUA